AUGGCCGACGCAGAGCUUGAAGAGAUCAGACGAGCUCGCCUUGCGCAGCUCCAACAGCAGGCUGCUUCGCGUGGAGGACCCAGUCAGGAAGGUGGUCAGGAAGAUCAGAGGAGGCAAGCUGAAUCCGAACGCCGCUCAGCAAUCAUGAGCCAAAUCCUCGACCCUGCCGCCGCCGAUCGUCUGGGCCGUAUCCGUCUUGUCAAAGAGUCCCGCGCUGUCGACAUUGAGAAUCGUCUGAUGAUGCUCGCCCAGACCGGCCAAAUUCGCCAAAAGGUGACCGAGGACCAGCUGAAGGAACUCUUGAACGCCGUGGCCGAGAACCAACGGAAGGAAGAAGAGGAACAGAAGAUUGUCAUCACUCGACGCAAGGGUGGCUGGGAUGACGAUGAUGAUUUGCUCGAUCUGUGA